CGUCCGCCUGGCGAAACCUGCAUGUUUCACACGGCUGCCCUCUUGCUUCUUUGUCUUUUUUUUUUUCUCUCUCUCUGUUGGCGUUGGAUGUUGUUUACCAGUCAGCACUGAGGAUUAAACUGGCGUAAAGCUCUUCACAUGGUUCAAUGGGUAAUGUGCUGCAGUCAUCUCCUUGGUUUCUUGCUUUGUUCGGUGGCUUGGGAGCCUGAAGCAUAAGGGACAGCCCUCAGCAGGAAGGACGAUGUGCUAGAGGAGUCGCAGGCAGGAAGAGGGCCCGGCUUCGCUUUCUAAAAUGAACAAUGAAGACGAGUUCUACGACGCCGUCACAGGCUUGGAUUCGGACGAGUCCUGUGAGGGUACGUCUGAGGCCAGCUUUAAAGAUGCGAUUGUGUGCGUCGGCGUGCAGAAGAACAAUGGCACGGCGCCACAGGAGAAUGGAAUCAAGAAGCGCAGGACAACCUUACCUGCACCAAUGUUCUCCAGGAACAACUUCAGUGUGUGGGGAAUCCUAAAAAAAUGCAUUGGACUGGAGCUGUCCAAGAUCACGAUGCCCAUCGUGUUCAAUGAACCGCUGAGCUUCCUGCAGCGCAUCACGGAGUACAUGGAGCACACUUACCUCAUCCACAAGGCCUGCACCCUGUCCGAUCCUGUGGAGCGGAUGCAGGCUGUAGCGGCUUUCGCUGUCUCUGCUGUGGCGUCUCAAUGGGACAGAACUGGAAAGCCUUUCAAUCCUUUACUGGGGGAAACCUAUGAACUCCUGCGGGAGGACCAGGGCUACAGGCUCAUCUCAGAGCAGGUCAGUCACCACCCUCCCAUCAGCGCCUUCCACGCCGAGGGCCUGGCGGGGGACUUCACCUUCCACGGCUCCAUCUACCCCAAACUCAAGUUCUGGGGCAAGAGCGUGGAGGCCGAACCACGAGGAACCAUUACUCUAGAACUACAUAAGCACAAAGAAGCCUACACGUGGACAAAUCCAUUCUGCUGUGUACAUAAUGUAAUACUAGGCAAGCUAUGGAUAGAGCAGUAUGGAACCGUAGAGAUCCUCAAUCACAGUACUGGAGAUAAGUGUGUGUUGAACUUCAAGCCCUGUGGGAUGUUCGGCAAGGAGCUGCACAGAGUGGAGGGGCACAUCCAGGACAAGAGUAAAAAGAAGCUGUGUGUGAUCUACGGGAAGUGGACCGAGUGCAUGUGGAGCGUGGACCCCGCGCUGUACGAGGCGCACCGCAAGGCGGACAAGAAAGGGGGCGCCAGCGACAACAGGAAACAGAAGCAGGAGGAGGGGGCGCGGCCGGAGAAUGACGAGGCGGACGACAUGCCCGAGGUGCAGGAGACGGUGGCCGUCGUCCCCGGCAGCACCCUGCUCUGGAGGAUAUCGUCCCGACCGCCGCACUCCACUCAGAUGUACAAUUUCACCAACUUUGCGAUGACCCUGAAUGAACUGGACCCGGGGAUGGAGGCAGUCUUGGCACCCACGGACUGCCGCUUGCGUCCCGACAUCAGGGCCAUGGAGAAUGGAGACAUGGACACUGCCAGCAGAGAGAAGGAACGGCUGGAGGAGAAGCAGAGAUCAGCCCGUAAGGAACGAGCCAAGGAUGAGCAGGAGUGGUCGACCAGGUGGUUCCAGUCAGGCACAAACCCAUUCACUGGGUCCCAGGACUGGAUCUACGUUGGGGGGUAUUUUGAUAGGAAAUAUAGUGACUGUCCUGAUAUCUACUGAGGGGGGGGGAUGUAGCAGCUCCCCCUCUCCAAGCCUCCAUAGCACCGUCAUCUCCAAUCGGAACUCUGAAGUGGUAGUUUUUUUGUGUUUGGCACAAUUAAUGGUUCAUAUACAAACUCUCCUCCCCACGUGGUUAUUGAGCCAUUUCUGAAAAACAUAAACCUGACAACAACAGCAGCAACACAAAAAUGGAAUUCAGGGAUAUGAAUGCAUUUUUUGGGGUGGGGUAGAGGGGAUGCUAAAGAGGACUGGUAUUUGCACUGCGUACUGUGAGCAGAACGGUUCUCUGCAUUCAAUGCACUUCAGUCGUCAAAUGUCAAGUGUUACUUUCCGUUGAAUGUUUUUUCCACCUUCUGUGCCACAAUGGAGGAGAUUCACAAGAACAAGUGGUUACUGUGGAUCGUGUGGUUGGGGUAUUACGUAGCAUUAUUCCCAAAUCAGGGUCUCCCCCUCAGUACACUUAGGCAAUACUCCACAAGACAAACAAAAAUGGUUUAAUCGUCUAAUGUGUGAAAUUCAGAAUCAUUCCUCGUUUCAUUCUUAGUGCAUUGUUGAUAUGGUUGCCGUUUAGCAUGAAUGUAAAAAAGUGUGAAGGUCUCUGCCACCUCAGACCCUUCAUAAUAAUACUCGCUCGUGAAUUUCACCGCAGGAUUCUGGCAGAAUGGUUCUGUGGCAUGAUUUGGCUUCGCUUUUCACGAGCCACAUGUUCAGCAUAUCACUCUGAAUACGGAAAAUAAUCAUGGAGCAGCAGCCUCACAUAAAAAGAGACUGCAUACCGUGCACAAAAGAAUUAGAUAUGCAGAGUCUAUUACACCGUAGUAAGGAUGUAUGGGAAUACCAGUUUGGUAGUAUCUUCCAUGAAAUCUGUUUGAGUUUGAGACACUUCGUAAGCCUGGUUAGAACUGUUGAUAUUUUCGAAAAAUUGAAGACAUUAGGCAAUCAUGAUUGAUGUGUUGUUAACUGUAGCAUGUUUCGCACUGUUACUGAUGAAGAGGUGUAAUGAUUCAUGGCAGUAUAAAUGGGCAGUCAUGCUUUUAAUUCACCCUAUUUAAAAAUGGUAUUUCAAUCCCAUACAAAAGGCCACUGAAAUGUUUUCAAAUGUGCUAAUUCCUCCUUUGUCUUCCAAACUCCCUUUAUUUUACAUUAUUUUUUCAACCAUGUCAACCACUUCUUAUAAGCCAGUUUAAUGCAUAUGGGUUUACCUGCGGAUUAAUGGGCAUGUCAAUGGGGUUCAUUUGUGUGGAGAAUUAAUUUCACAUAUAUGCAGACCUUUCAGUGGUACUAGGUUCUGUUGUAGAGCUGUGGCAUAUGUUGAUGUAAGCUCUUCUGUGCGGUGGGAGUAAUGAUAAUGUUGCUUGGAUGGCAGAUUAGCUGGGUGCUCCCUGCAUUUUCCUUAUGAAGAGCUGUCUGCUCCCCACCCACAUCACUUGUACUGACACACUAAUCUUCGUAACUCAAACUAUCUAUCUGUAAUGUAGAGUGUGCAUCAUCAAAAACGCAACCCAAUUUCCGAUUUCAUCAUGUUAAACAGUUGGACAAUUUGCAUGCUGUGAAAUGAUUUUUUUUCUUCUUAAAACUAAGUAUUUAUAUACAUUAUUCUCAUGCAUGCGUAAGGAGUGAUUCUGAUAGCACAUUUUGUUUUAGUGACAAAGAAAGCUGCUUAAGACUGCGUGUGUGUGCGUGCAUGCUUGCGUGUGAGUGUGUGUGUGUGUGUGUAUCUGUCUGUCUCUGAGGUUAUUCAUGUAAAAACACUAAAGCCAUAACAUCUUUGCUACUACAGGUAUGUAUUUUGUCAAGGACAGUCUGACGUACAUUGUACUGACAUAAUUUGAUGAAGCUGCAGAGGACCCAUCUUUGUCAUGGAAGUAAUUUUCACUAAAACAACAACAACAACAAAAAAGUUGUUUAAGUUUCUUACUAAAGAAGGUACAUACAAUGUUGCAGAGAAACCAUAUAAUUUGACACUGAAGCUGUGAGCCCAAGCAAACCAAUUCAGUAAAGCAAUCGAUGAAUAUUACUUUAUCAGUAGACAAGGUGGACCUCCACUUUUCAGGGAGAAAUUGAUUGUCAGAGAGCUGUAUUUCUUUUGACAUGUAGACACCCUAUAGAUUUUUUUAUGUUUUUAAGCAUUUAUACACAGUUGUGCUUUAUAAGUGAAUUAGGGUUUCAUUUGUGAAAUGUUAUCAGGCUGCUUGUGGCACAUUUAAAAUGAUCAAUAACAUAGGUUGAUCAGAGUAUGCAGUUCUGAGUAGACAAAAUCCUUUGUAUAUUUUUUGUACUAUAUCCAAUUUAAAGUAUGUAAUGGAAUGUACAGUACCCGAAGGUACAAUUAAAUAGACUGAAUAGUACAUCUGCUGGUCCUCUGUAGUCUUUCAUCUUUUUUUCAGUUGGUGUUCAUUAGAGAAAAUAAUAGCUCCUUUGCAUGAUUCAUGCAACUGUUACAUUUUAGCUACUCUACUAAAAGCAUACUUUGCAUCUGAACUGUUGCCAAAAUCUAUGCAACUAAUCAUCACUAUGUGUCUCUGUACAUUAAGAUUUAUAUAUAAAUACUUUGGUUUGAUCAUUAUUUGUUCAAUAAGUAGACUAUGGAAAUAUUUUUGGCUGUAUUAGCAGGUUGCUUGACUGUAAAAUACAACACUCCAUUGUGUGUGCGCGUGUGUGUGUGUGUGUGUGUGUGAGAGUGUGUAUGUGUGCGUGCGUAUCUGCGCGCGUGUGCGUGUAUGAGGGAGGGGGAGAGAGUGUAGAAUGUAGACGAUGACAAACUAUUAUUGGGUUAAAACCAAAUAGGCAAAUGCGUUUUCAGGAUAUUUCUUGCUCAUACUGUAGAUCUUUUUGUAAGCCAUUUUUCUCUUAAGGAGGUGUUACCCUCAGCAGUGCCUGACCUGAAAUUAAUAAGUAACAUGACAUUUGACCGAAAGCAUUGAGUUUUUCCCUACUUACAAUAGAUAUUGAACAUAUUUUUCUGUUUCGAUGGAACAUUUUGAUUUGCAGAGAAACUGUCUAGGCUUUGCUAACCCCAUUGCUCCUUAAUUGUGCCUCAUCCUUGUCUCUUACUGUAAAUUGUGAAUUACCUGUUGAAAAAAGAAAUAUCAAGUGACUCAACAGGCAUCGGACACAUUUUGUCACCAUGUCUGUAAUUAUAAGAAAUAUUAAAUACACUACUGCUGGUUGUAUUCAUCCAUACACUGCAUCAUUGUCUCAUGAAAUGUAAAUUUGGUUAUUUGUAAACUAGCAAUAUGAAAAAACCCUAAUGUACCACCAUUAAAGGAUAGAUUUUAUUUUG